UCAUUUCUUUUCGGUCACUUUUCUUUCAUUUUCCUAUUUAAAUUCUUAAUUUCCGUUCAGUUUGUGCCCCGUGUGAGUGUCGUGGUGUCUCUAACCGUCACACACACACAGGUGUUUCGCUGUCAAUUAAAAUCCGUUGAUCUUCCGAUUCCAACAAAGGAAACCUCACCGAGAAGAGGCGCCGCCUCCACCCACACCAACAAUCCUGUCCCUGAUUGGCUGUUACCGUCUCCAUCUUGGAAACCAAUUGGGUUUCAGAGUCUAGUGUUGAGGAGUCAACGGCAGGAAAGGCCGGUACUCGGGCGGCGUACGACGAGGACGUAAAAGUGCAGCGAGAGAGUGAGAGAGAGGGGAAAGAGUCAACGCCGCGCCCGGCGGAGACAAGCACACGAGAGGGAGAAAGUAUAUAAUAGAGAUAUACAGUGUAUGUGUGCGAGCGAUACAGAGAGAGACAACGAUAAGCCCCGACAGACACAGAGAGGGAAAGAGAGAAACAGUCAACCACAAGUCCCGAAGAGAUGGGUAUAAGGAGAGAGAAAGUGGUUUAGCUGCUUGGGUGACUGGUUCAGAAAUGGAGACUCCACAGUCCAGAGUCACUCGCUCCAAACGGUCAGCUAUGGAACGUUCAUCCCAUUCAACAAAGCGACGCACUCCACGAAACAGUUCCCCACCCAUUCCUUCGAUUAACGACCGCCUGGCAUUUCUACGACCUUCUCGUGAACUCCUGGAGUAUUACCGUAAAAAGAUUGCAGAGUUUGAUGAAGAACAUGAGGACCUGGUGAAACGACUGGACAAAUAUAAGACCACGUAUGAAGAGCAGCAUAAACUUCAGUGGGAGAUGCGGCAGAGAGAAGAGGAAAUUAAAGAGUUGCAAAAAGCUCUAAGCGACAUGCAAGUUUACCUCUUCCAGGAGCGCGAGCACGUGCUGAGGCUCUAUGCUGAAAAUGAUCGGCUGAAGAUCAGGGAGCUGGAAGAUCGAAAGAAGAUUCAACAUCUUAUUGCUUUGGUUGGACCUGAAGCAGGAGAAACCACAUAUUUUUACAAAGAACCUCCCCACAAGGUCACCAUUCGCCAACGUGCUGCUCAGCACGGUGAUUCCCAGCAAUGUGGUAAUAUUAAAUCAUUCAAAACUGGUGCUCCAAGGGUGAAAUCGAAGUCAGCAAGGGUUGGGAGCCCCACCACUCCAGAAAAAUAUCAAAAAGAUAAUCAGACCUUGGUACUACAGGUUGAAGCUUUGCAAGCUCAGCUGGAGGAGCAGGCACGGCUGGCUAAGGAACAAGUGGAUACGUUGCUGGAAGAUCGAAGGAUUCAUGUGGAAGAGGCCCAUGUCCAGCUUGAACGAGACAAGGACAAAAUCAAAAAUCUGACAGACAAGUUGCAUAAGACCCAGAAGUUGCUUUAUGAGAGCACUAAGGAUUUCUUGGAGCAGAAGUUUGAGGGUCGAGCAAACGAGAAAUCCUGGAUGGCAGAGAAAGAUAACCUCCUGCAGCAGCUGGACUCCUACAAGGAGCAGAUAAACAUGAGCCACAACCCAGAGGCACUGAUUCUCCGAGAGUCGCCCAUGGAGAAUGAGAUCCGACAUAUACAGAAUGAGGAAAUAAAGUCUUUGGAGGAGCAGCUGAAGCAGGCACAUCGGCUGGCAGACAUGUACAGAGAGCAGUGUGUGACGCUGGAGGAUGACCUGGCGCGGAAAAUGGAGGAGGGAGAUGUUGGCAAGAAACUGUUUGAGGAACGUGCUGACAAAACAACGAAGCGGCUGCAGCUGGUGACGCAACGUUACGAGUCACUGGAGAAGCGCCGAACCAUGGAAGUGGAAGGCUUUAAGAGUGACAUUAAACUCCUGAGGCAACGGCUCAAGGACGUGGAGAAGCAGCUUUUCAAGGUGACACUUGGAGUUGGUCCUGACCAGGACCUUGCAAUCCUUCGUGAGGUGCGCCAAACCAAUGGCCGAUCCAGAAAGAUCCAGGGGGAACUCAAAAACCUGAAAGCAAAAAUCUAUGGUUUAGAGAAGGAUUUUAGAUUUUGCUAAUCCUAAAGGUGUCUGGAAUAGGUAGCUUUAGGAUUAGCAGGACAUUCAGUGUUGCCUGUUCCAAGCACCAUUUUGCAAUCCAGAUUUUGGAGAGGGUGUGUUGCAACCACUGAUAUUGAUCUUUUUGGAGGUUCAUUUUUUUCCCCAGCUUUGUUUGAGAUUUCCCACCCUUGUCAACAAGGGUCACUGAGGUGAAUUGUAUUCCUUCUGCUGCCCAGAAGAUUGAACCUGGGACUUCAAUGUUUCCAUAUUUCAUCAUCAAAGCAUGCAAUGCAUUUAUCCACUGACCCCUUUUGAAGCAAAUAAAUUGCAUUGCGAUUGCACCUUAUGUUUUGAGAGUUUUUCCCAAAGGCUCAGUGGAUAAAGGCAUCACAGUGUGGUACAAAGCCAUACUAUUCUGGAAGAUCAUGGGUUCAAUCACCAGUCUGUCCUAACUCUCCACUCAUCAGUCAAAACAAUUCUUUCAGAUGCAUUCAUUGCCAGAAGCUUCACAUAAAGGCAACGUGCCUCACGAUUGAUGGUCACAACUCUGAAUAUAAUCCCCUGACACUCUUGUUGACCGCUUUAACUUUGCCCAAGUUGGUGAAUCUCAGAUUGGUUGUGCAGAUGUGCCAACAUUGGUGAGAAUAUGCAGUCAGAAUAGUGAUGUGUCCAAUGGCAUUUGAAGCGGUGUUUCGUUUGGUUGGUUCUUCCAAAUGUUCUGGGAAGCUGCUGCUGCUUGUCCUGUAAAGUCUCCAUCUCCGCUCUUCACCCAAGGAGCACAAGGGUGGACAGCCUCCUUUUCACCCAUACUUCUCAAAAUAGCAGAAAAUAGGUUUUGCUGAUGAGUCUUGUGGGAAAUUCCACGCAAUGAUACAAGCUGCAGAGAGUUUGUCUCAUGCCACUCUUGGGGUCUCGCAGGGAGAAACAAUAAAGCCCAUGUAUGUCAGCACCAAGGUCAGCAUUUCUUUACUGCAUAUCACCGGACCAUAUUGAUAUUUAUUUUUAAUUGACUAGAAUAUCUCUAUUUCAGAUAUCUUCGCCAUGCACCACAAUCCUGCUCGUCAGAUUUUUUUAUAAAUGGAAAGGAUGUUCUCUAUAAAAUUUAGAAAUGUCUAUCAAAAAUGUUUGUAUAAUUAAUUUUGCAAUAAACAAGGGGUGUCCCCAUGAUAAGUUCA